AUGAUACUUAAUAAUUUCAAGCGUUUCCUUUCUUUUAUAGAGGUUCUAUUGUUUCUACCGCUGACCUUGAAUAUUUCAAACAAGCAGACCUUCUUGACGCUCUCGCUAUUUCUGACUUGCUAUUACACUCUGGUGUGCACACUCAGGCUGUUUAACAGCAGGUGGAUCGGUGUGCUCACUGCCCUAAUCAGCGCCAUACAGCCACUCGUAAUCCCCUUGCUCCUCCUCACCUCGUUCCACCUCCAGUCCCCGCCGUGCACCGCACUCUCCAUCAUCACCGACUCGUUUGAAUCGAUUCUACACGCCUCCUCACCCACCUUCUCUCUCCUCGAAGGCGCCUCCUCUCUCCUCUGCAUACAAGCUGCUGGCCAAUUCUCUCGCCUCCUCGUUCGCAGAAAAGGCGAAACCGGCGCUGUCUUCUUCUUAAUCCUGUCUUCCAUAAUCUACGUCACCUCUGGCAUAUGGCUUAUACACUCCUACCCCGCUGCGGCCUCCACUCCAUUCUCCGCCUCUCUUAUCGGCGCUGCUCUCGUCGCAACACUCGCUCUCUCCGCAUUGGCUCUCACCGCCAGACGCGCGACCGUCAUCGAGACCAGUCUAAUGUUCGCCUACAUUGCCUACUCCAUCUGGCUAUGCGCCGACGCCAUCCAAGGUGCUUCCGGGUGGAUUGGUUUCCAGUGGUCAUUCGACAACCAGCGCUGGGUUAUCCAGUCUCUCUCCAACGCCCUUGUAUUCCUCAAGAAUGCCCUGGGUGACACAAUAGAAUUCGUUGGUUUCGCUUUCGCUACUCUCCCCCCAACGCUCCUCGUAUCGCUCAUCUUCCGCACUAGUGUUCUCUAUCUUGCCACAAAAAUCAUUCCCCUCAUCCGCUCCUCCUCCUCUUCCCUCACUGACUCGUUCGAGAAUGCCGCUGACCCCGACGCCGAGAAACGGCUACAGGACGACGAGCCGUCGACCUUCAUCAUGACCAUCUUGGUGUCCUUCUCGAGACCUAUCCUGAUACUCGUAUAUACGCAUCUCCUACUCCUCGAUCAGGGCGCCCAGCUGUGGUGGAGAUGGGCCAACGUCGCGUGGACACUCACACUCUGGGUAGUCGAAAUCAUCCUUAGCUCUGCGUAUGCAGAUGACGAUGUGAUUGUGAAAAGCUGGAAAAUGGAUUAA